AUGGCAAAACAAACAACAGUCAUCACCGGGCAAGCAGCUUCUCCUCUUUUCUUCAGUCAGGUUUCACCAGGACCAGGAGAUUCCAAGCUGCAGUUUAGGCUAGUUCAUUUCUGGGAAGCUCGUAAGAAUGCCAAAGAAAGAGGAAGCAUCCUUGUUGGGAUUGAGAUGCUUAUGAUCGAUGGACAGGGUACUGUGGCUCAUGGGUUCAUCGCUCAAAACCAUUGCAACCGAUAUGAAAAAGAGCUCGAGCGUGGGAGGAUCUACACUCUGACAAACUUCUUUGCAUCCAACAUCAAGGUGAUGUACCGUGUUGCUGAUCAGAAGCUGGUCAUUUGCAUCACACACACCUCUGAGAUGUCAAAGGUUGAAGAAAACAUUGAAGGCAUUUUAACCCAGCGCUUCAGAAUCCAUUCCUUUGCAGAUUUUGAAGCCAACUGCGAUCUUAGAGGGGAUCUUCAUGAUAUUGUUGGUCACCUUAAGUUGGUUGAUGGCCAGCCUCUCCAACAUCGCCCGGUUUUAUGCACCAAGUAUGGUUCAACUUCACCGAAAAUUAUGGUCCACUUGCAGCUUAAAGAUGGUCCCGUUAUGAACGUUUACCUAUGGGACCAGGCUGCGGAAAGUUUCCGGAUUAAGUUCGAUGCAAGUGCAACCACCCCAACCGUUCUCUUAGUUACAACAUAUAAGAACUCUAAAACUCUCACACCUCUGACUGUCAUGUCCCCGUUCCUGGAACUUGACAUGGGACAUAGACGUUUUAACAGAAACGAGACUGCUUUGGUUCAGAUCAUGGGAAUUGAUCGUAAACAGGCUGUAAUGAAGUGA